AUGAACAACAACAAUAUGGCCGGCACAGAGUCGCACAACCCGUCUCAGUCUGCAGCUCGUGACGAGCAAGACGAUGCGAUCACACCAGUCACUGCUCCCACCAGCCCCAUGGAAGGCGGCGUCAAGGGCAAGGUAAUAGACGAAAAGAAAGACGACAUCACCCCGGCACCCACGGAACCUGCAGAGGCAUCUGUGCGGACAGCAACAGCGACAUCUGUAGACUACAACGCGUCAGAUCCUCUUAAUUUUGGCCGCCACCGCCGCGACAAUGUCACCCAGCGACAGAUGAAGAUCGACCAUCCCGAUGGAAACAAGAGGAAGCUUAAGAAGUUCUACACGAGACAAAACGACCUCAUUGACCAGUUUCUUGGAGCCGAUGAUGAGGAGAGGUUGGCGGUUGAAGAGGAUGUCCGCAUGGGCCCCAAGAUCAAAUUUGCCGUGAACGCUUCCUUUGUCGCCAACUUUUGUCUCUUCGUCAUUCAGCUCUAUGCUGCCAUCUCAACAGGCUCGCUUUCACUAUUUGCGACUGCGGCAGACGCAUUUAUGGACUUGGUAUCCUCAUUCGUCAUGCUCAUCACGUCAAAGCUGGCUGCUCGCCCGAGUGUCUACAAGUACCCUGUGGGCCGGAAAAGAAUUGAAACCAUCGGAAUCAUUCUGUUCUGCGCCUUGAUGACCACUGUUGCCAUCCAGUUGCUUGUUGAAUCCGCUCGUACCCUUGGUGGAGGCGCCCAUGAUGCGAAGGACCUGCAUAUCGUCCCCUUGAUUUUUGUAGGCAUCGCUAUUGCUUCCAAGGGCAGUUUGAUGGUCUACUGCUUCGCGUACAGAAAGUACCCUUCUGUGCACGUGUUCUUCGUCGACCAUCGCAACGACAUUGUGGUCAACAUCUUCGGCUUGGUCAUGUCCAUCGUGGGAGAUCGUUUCGUGUGGUACCUGGAUCCCAUCGGAGCCAUCUGCAUUGCUCUCCUCAUCCUGUUCUCGUGGGUGAGCAAUGCGUUUGAGCAAGUUUGGCUGCUCGUCGGAAAAUCCGCACCCAACGAGUUCAUCUCGAAACUCAUCUAUAUGACCAUGACACAUGAUGGCCAGAUCAUGAAGGUCGACACGCAGUGCCGGGCAUACCACGCUGGUCAGAAGUAUUAUGUCGAGGUCGAUAUCGUGAUGGACGAAAACCUCCCUCUCAAGAUAUCCCAUGACGUGGGACAGUCACUGCAGAGAAAGCUUGAAGGACUUGCUGAUGUCGAGAGAGCAUUUGUUCAUGUCGAUUACGAACAUGAGCAUGACAUCUCCACGGAACAUAAACCCUUGUACGAGGCAAAAACGAAGGAAAAGAGGAGCAUCAGGGACGUCAUGUUGGCUGGGAAAAAGAGGAUACAGGAUCUCCUGCCUGGGAAUGAUCGCGCUGAGACAGCAUAG